UGAGCGUGCACGCGCGCAAGAAACUGAGAGUUUGAGUCACAUCAGUGAAGGCUGAGAGCAAUCAAAACUCGCAGAGUGUUUGUCCUCGACUAUCCUUGAAGCUUUUCGAAGGUCUGUUUGGCUGGAAAACAAAGGGAACAUUGUUAUUUUUUCAGGGUUUAAUACCUCACCUCUCUGGCACGUUUGGCGUCGCGAUGUCUAUCUAAUAUGUUAUCAUACACUUGUUGGAACGGGUAAAUUGUGCUCAUAUACCAAAGAUUGACAUAGAAACGACACCAUAUCUUCACCGCAUUGCAAAACGAGCAGGAAACCAUGGAUGAUCUCAUCUCCAAAUCCCAUCUUUAUCUUUCACUUUUAAUUGCCAUUUGCUUCUUGCCUGGAUCACAGGCACAGACAUCGAUACCCAGGGGCUGUGGCACUAAUGUUGACUCGCUGUAUUUCAACCUCUGUGACCUGAGCGCAGUCUGGGGUGUUGUAGUAGAGGCGUUUGCAGCUGCUGGUUUGGUAGCCACUCUCAUUCUUAUGAUUGUUCUGCUGGCCAGCCUUCCCUUCGUCACUGAUAGGAAAUGGCUCAGUUCAAUGGGACUGCAUGUAGGAUUCCUGAUCUUCACGUUUGGACUGUUUGCCCUCACGUUUGCCUUCAUUGUGGGGAAGAACUUUGCCACAUGUGCGACCCGACGCUUUCUGUUUGGCGUAUUGUUUGCCGGAUGCUUCUCCUGCCUCCUAAUGCAAGCUGUGAGGUUGAACAUACUGGCCAGGAGAAACUCGGGGCCCCGAGGUUGGGUGUGGUGCUUGGGGGCCCUGGGCCUCUGGCUGGUGGAAGUUAUCAUCAACACUGAAUGGCUUAUCAUUACAAUUGUACGGUACCCCACAAACACGGAUGCUAAUGGAAACCUGAUUCCUACAAAUACUAUUUCUUGUAACAUUGACAAUCAGGAUUUCGUUAUGGCUCUCAUAUAUGUGCUGAAUCUACUCUUAGCUUUUGUGAUCGCAUCCAUACCAAUAUUGACUGGUAAGCACAAGCGUUGGCACAAGGAUGGAGCCUUCAUCCUGGCCACAGGACUGUUUUCAGUGGGCAUCUGGGUGGCGUGGAUUGUCAUGUAUGUGUACGGGAACCCAAAGCAUGGAGGGCCAACAUGGGAUGACCCCACCUUGGCAAUUGCACUGGUGUCAAACGCGUGGGUUUUUGUACUGCUACAAACGAUACCAGUGGUGUGCAGCCUGAGUGAUGAAGAUAAAGAUUCAGCUCUUGAGGAAAAUCUGUACCCCAGUAGAGGGUACGAGAACAUUCUGAAGGAGCAAAGCAUAUACGUGGAAAAUAAGGCCUUCUCUAUGGAUGAGCCAAAUGCAGGUAAUAAGCCUGUGUCGCCAUACAGUGGCUAUAAUGGCCAGUUCCGAAGUGGUGUGUACCAGCCAACAGAGCUAGCCAUCAUGACCAAAGGAGUGGGGAAUCAACAGGCGGAAUCACAUGGCAUUAUAAUUCCACGAGCGUCCACAGGCACUCCCCCCACAGCCCAGAGCGGUCGCACCAGCCCCUCAUCACAACUUGAUGAUAUGAGAGAAAUAUAUUCAAAUGUGUGAGGGGUGGAAGAAGAAAUCAGAUCUAAUAAAUUGAACUGGAAAUUUCCACAGAAGACCCCAGUGAUCAGCUGACGCCAGCUUUUUUUUCUUCUCGUGUUUCUAAUUAAGAUUUUGUGAUUUAUUUCCAUUGCCGUGCUCGGCUGCGUGAGCCAACUGGCGCGAACUCAAGUAGCUGGCAAACGAUUUGUCAGUUUGCUCCAUUGACAGACAAUGUGUCGAGUUAUCUCACGAUGACCGUGUUGAACAGUUAAAGCCAUCACAAUGUGUGGCUUCUUUAUUCAUGGGACACCAUAAAAAAUUGUUGUUCAGACACCAGUGAUUGUAUAGUCUACUACAGCAAUGCUACCGCUGUGUUUACCAAGACAAAAUAAAAAAAGCACAGAUCAUCAAAAAAACUGUACAAUUAAUUGGCUCUUAUUUACUGUUUCUCAACGUGUAGAAGGAGAAAUGCUGCUUCUAUCACUUGUAUAAACAAUCAAGUUGGGUGUAGUGACACCAUACAUAUAAAUAAGCCUUAAUUUAAAUAUAUAAAAUGUUAAUAAUGUUGUGCAAUCACAAUCAAUUAGUGCAACAUCAGUUUAAAAAAAAGAAACAAUGAUUAUUCCAUUGUUUUUUUGACCUUGUAUUUAUUUUCAAUGUGAAAUGUACUCUUGCACCAUGAAAUGCGCUUUGUUUCAUUGCUACAUUUUUUCAAACUGUUUGCAAAUCGAAUGUUCUGCCUAUUAACGUACAUGUUGAAAUUUCAGCAAAUUAAUUAAACUCAAAUUAAUUACAAUCAAUAUAAAAGGAAAUGUAUUCAUUUUAUAUCUGACCUGGUCAAAGGGACAUCAUGAGGACAACUUCCCUAAGGGAAGUUUGUUGGAUGGAAAAUUCCUUCCUCCGUAACCAGUGAUGAGAUUUACAUAUACCACUGAUAAGUUUUUCAAUAUGUAAUACUGAGCUACAAAGUUCCUUGUGGAGCGUUAUUGAAGGUGCCCAUUACGUCAACAAAUGACCAAAGCACAGGAGAUACCUAACAUAAAAUUAGUUAAAUAAACCUACACCCUACAAAGAAGACCAUUGUGUUAGGGCUGUGAAAAUGUAUUGGGCUAUUGUAAAUUAUUGGAACAGCACUGUUCAAUUACUGGGCAAAAGCCAGUUUGUAGUACAUGCAAGUGUGUUACAUAAUAUUGGAAUAGCUGUGACACCCUUAGAAAAUAAUACAGGCUUUUCAAGAAAUUAUGUUGCACAACAUUUUUAAUCAUGUUUCACAUGAUAUAUGUAAGCCUUCUUCAGGGAAGUUUCUUGCAUGACUGGCAGUUGUAACAAGAUACAGAGCCGUGCAUGCAGGCCUCAACACUUGGUGCACAAAACACAAUGACGGUAUUAACAGAUAUUUUUCUCUGAUAAAGAAUGGUUAGAGUAGAAAAUAACACCAAAAUCAACCAUAAAAACUGUGUAAAUAUAUUUACAAACAGUGAAACCAUGAAUGCUCAUUAAUUAUUCAAGCCCGGUGCAUGCAGGGAACAUCAACUUAGAAAAAGUUUCUUAGUGAAAUUUACUGAAAUUAGCAAAUAAAUCUGACAUGGUUUUCUACAGUGGUAUUGGAACAUGAUAACCCAUUGUAAAAAUAACACACAAUCAUGAAAAAUAUUUACCCAUAAUCUAGAGCAUUUGUUUUUACAUGCUUGAAUUGAAGACCAAUGUAGAAUUUAUUUAACAAUUUCAAGUUCACCUUUUAACUAAUUCAGUGUAGAAAGUCCUUAAGAUGUUCUGUUAUAUUUACUUCACCACAAAAAAACAAAUUCAGUUCACUUUAUAUUAGCUGUCUUUAACUACUAUGUUUUAACAUUAAAAUACAAACAAUAUCAUGUAUUUACUGUGUAACUCUCACAAGAUUCACAUUUGCGGUUGGGGUUAGGGUUAGGGGUUAGAGUUAGGUUUUAGGGUAAGGGUUAGGUUAGGGUUACCAAUGGUUAGAGAUAAGAUUAACAGUGAAACUGCAAAUGUAAUUAAUUGCAUGUACUUUAAAUGUAAAUACAAUGCAACAUAAUAACAAAAGUGAACAUAAUAAGUACAUUGUAUCAAAUGCUUAAUUGCAUAGUAGUUAAAGACACCUAAUGUAAAGUGGAACCAGAAUUCAGUUCACUACUUACAUUCACCUACCUGCUUUGUAGACAUUUUACUCAAGGAAGCUUUGGAGACUAUUUAAAUGAACUUUAGCCUGUGAAUCAUAGUGUCAUGUUAAGUGUCAUCUUCUGAGACAACAGAUUUUGUUUUUUAAUAAUUAUAAUUAUUGAUUUGAUCAAAAUAAUUCUUCAUUUAACCAGAUUCCUAUCUUCUAUUCAACACUAUGGACAUACUAAGGCUAUAUUUCCAUACUACGACCCAAACUGAAUGAUGUUAUUAAUUGAGGCAUAUCAAGAAUGUUGAUAAUGAUAAAAAUAAACACCUUCUUCAUCAUGAAAUUCCAGAUGUACUUGCAUUUUCUUGUGUCUUAUUAUAAGUUGUAAUAAUAGUUCAUACAAAAUGCUGAUAGCAUAUGAGCUGGCUUUUACAAAAAUGUUUAACCCCUUACUAAAACCUAAACCUAACCACAAAGUCCAAUUCUUAACCAAGACCCAAACCUCAACUGAAGGUUUUGACCGAGGUUUUUACAGAGUUUCCCCCCAAACCCCAAUAACCAUUUAAACCAUAUCUUAUGAUAUUAUCUUUACAAUGAGACUGGGGCUGUGUGUCACAGCAUCAUCGGACUGAGCUUGUUGUCAUUGCAGGCAAUCUCAACACUGUGUGCUAUAGGGAAGACAUCCUCCUCCCUCAUGUGGUACCCUUCCUGCAGGCUUAUCCUGACAUGACCCUCUAGCAUGAAAAUGCCACCAGCCAUACUGCUCGUUCUGAGCAUGAUUUCCUGCAAGACAGGAAUGUCAGUGUUCUGCCAAGGCCAGCGAAGAGCCUGGAUCUCAAUCCCAUUGAGCACGUCUGGGACCUGUUGAAUCAGAGGCUGAGGGCUUGGGUCAUUCCCCCCAGAAAUGUCUGGGAACUUGCAAGUGCCUUGGUGGAAGAGUGGGGUAACAUCUCACAGCAAGAACUGGCAAAUCUGGUGCAGUCCAUGAGGAGGAGAUGCA